AAAUAAAGGGGUUUCGGACAGCGUAGACCAUGGCGGUGCCGUUGCUUUCCUCUAUAAGCUUUUUUGCUGAAACGCAACAACGCCCAUUCUCUCACCAAAGGACAGAGCGACACACGCAUACACUUUUAGAGAGAGAGAGAGAGAGAGAGAUUCUCAUUUCUUUCUCUUCUGUCGUUCAACUCCAAAUCUUCAUCCCCAUUAUUUGCUUCUUUAUUAUCCCUUCAAUUCCUCCUCUUAAUCAUUCAUCAUUACGCCUACCCACAGAGUUUCCAACCAUUUUUCUACCCUUUUUGACCCAUUCCCAUUUCUUCUUUCUUCCUCAAAUGCUCAUCCUCUUCCUCUUCUAGGGUUUUUCACUUCUCUUCUUUUGUGUAUUCUGGUGCUAAAUCCUCUAUUAUUGUCGUUAAUUUGCUUGGUUUUUAAGCUUGGACUUCCUUUUCCCCAUUUCAGAGUGGCUUAUGGUUCCCACUUCGGAAGGCUUUCUUGAUUUCUAUCUCUGCUUCUAUUGGUGCAGUAUGCCUAAAAAGUCCAAGAUAUUGUAGAGCAUUUUGGGGUUUUGUUUACCUUGACGAUUUGUUACUCCCUUGACCAUUCAAGCAUAUAGGAGGUUGCUGAUCUCGGGUACUCAAAGGAUGGCUGCUGAACUAGUCCACUCUGCAACAAGUGAGAAACUGGCUGAAACUGAUUGGAUGAAGAAUAUCCAAAUCUGUGAAUUAGUUGCUCAUGAUCAAAGGCAAGCAAAAGAUGUCAUAAAAGCGAUAAAAAAACGAUUAGGAAAUAAAAAUGCAAAUACACAACUUUAUGCAGUUUUGUUACUUGAAAUGUUGAUGAACAAUAUUGGAGAAGCAAUACACAAGCAGGUGAUUGAUUCAGGGGUUCUCCCUAUUCUUGUGAAGAUAGUAAAGAAAAAGUCUGACUUACCAGUGCGAGAGAGAAUAUUUCUUCUCCUAGAUGCCACACAGACAGCUCUUGGCGGUGCUUCUGGAAAGUUCCCUCAGUAUUAUUCAGCAUAUUAUGAUUUGGUGAGUGCAGGAGUCCAGUUUCCUCAAAGACCUCCUGCAGUUUCAUCACAUAGUCCUACCCAGCUGCAAACUAAUAAUACUUCACAAAAUGGCAUAAUAAGAUUAUCUGAGCAGGAGAAUGUUGCUAGAGUGGAACCUCAGAUAUUACCAGAAUCUAGUAUAAUUGAAAAGGCUGGUAAUGCAUUAGAAGUUCUGAAAGAAGUUCUUGAUGCAGUUGAUCCUCAACAUCCUGAGGGGGCAAGAGAUGAGUUUACCCUUGAUCUUGUCGAACAGUGUUCAUUUCAGAAGCAGAAACUAAUGCAUCUUGUGUUGUCUUCUCGGGACGAGAAGAUUGUCUGUGGUGCCAUUGAAUUGAAUGAGAAGCUCCAAAAGGUCCUUGCAAGACACGAUGCCCUCCUCUCUGGUCAGUUUAUGUCGACUCAAAAUCAAUUCAACGGCGAAGAAGUCGGUAUGUCCAGAUUACCUGCCAAUCAUUAUAACCAUGACGAAGGAGAAGAUGAAGAAGAGGCUGAGCAACUCUACCGAAGGUUGCGAAAAGGAAAGGCUUGUGUAAUGCCUGAAGAUGAAGAGGAUUCUUCAGAGGAGCGACCAUCAUUGGGUUUGCUAGGAUUGUCAAUUCCAGUUGAACGAGCAAACCGUCCGAUCAUUCGACCUAUCGACGAGAAGGUGUCGACGACAUUGGAAAUUCAGCAUGGUCAGGGUGUUGGAAUACCACCACCACCAGUAAAACAUGCAGAAAGGGAGAAGUUCUUCAAGGAAAAAAAAAUGGAUGUUGGAGUUGGACAUAUGAGAGGACUUUCUUUACACAGUCGUAACGCUAGCAGCUCUCGAAGUGGAAGCAUAGAUUUCAAUGAGUCAUGAGGAGUGGUGUGAAGAAGUGUUUAGGAGUGCAAUUUUAUUUAUUCUCACUUCAACUCAUUAUUUGUAAAGUUGAGUCAUUUUUCUUUCUUUUCUAUGAGUUUGAUAUCUUUAAAUUAAGGUGCAAGGGCCAGUGACUUGCUGAAUAUAUCUUUUAUUCCAUUCGUGUAUAAUUUUGUAAUUUAAAGGUGGUUAACUAUAUCAAGUUUGCUGAAGGUGAAGAAAGCAA